ACCAACUUCCAAAUACGAGAGUACCGUAAGAACAUUUCGACGAAGAAUCCUUCCCCAAAAAAUCCGAGAAACAGACACCUCUGUCAUUACUUUCUGUGGAUCUGUUCGGCCAGUACGGCACGAGUUUGUUCACAUAAAUACUAGUACACCAUCCCUUCUGGAACAGUAAGCUACAAAACAAAGCCACGGAACGGCAUUCGAUGGUGUUUUCGUUCUGGGGGGCUUGCUCRCCGUCCUGGUUUGUCCACGAACGAGGGCUUGGUUGUCGAGCGGAAAAAAUCGGCACAUUCUUUGCUCCAACGCAUUCCAACCCAGCCCGCUACACCCCGAACCAAUCUACUACCCCGGCAAGCCCACGGAACCCCGUCGUUCUCCCAAAAGGUUUCCCACCAUCGUCGUCGGCGACGACGCCACGGCCGUCGAUGUCUAUGCGCAUGGCUUUGGUCACUGCACGGCACGGCCACAGAACCAUGUCCGGUCGAGCACCCCGUUGGGGCGGGUGUGCGGGGCGGGACGGGGCGGAACAGGACGGAAGAAACGGUUCCGGAGCAGGGUGCUCUUGCAUUCCUCCUGUUCCGCCUGGCGGCUGGGGCGAUGCGGGCCACGUGCGUUCCGUACAACCCCAGGUCCCUCUACCGGGGAGUGGGGAUCCCGGGGAUUYGCGGAAGGAGUGGUGGGGAGACCGGAGCCMCGCCGCCGUUCUAGUCGACUUGCCGAGACCGAUCGAUCGGGGUGACAAGAGGAAGCGACGGAAGCCCUGUGAUAUGUUUCUUGCUAGGUCUGUUCCACUCGAUUCAGAACAAAAGCAACCAAUACAACACAACCGCACUGCUGCACGGUUGCCUUUUAUUUUUUCCUUGCUUUGCAACGACUGAUARAUUGCAGGUAUUCAAACUCUCAAAUGAAACCAACCGGUCUAGUUGGGUUGGUUGGAAUUCUUUUCACGGAUGCGCAAACAAAAAACGCAGGACUGUUCCGACCUUUCUAGAAAAAAAAUUGUUUCCGAAGCCAAGCGAGCGAAUGGAGUGUCCCGUACGGUACGGUACGUAGGUUGGUACUAGGACAAUUUUACUGCGAGAGGUUUUCGUCCUGAUGGAUUGAUGAUUUUUCAUUUUUGAUUUUACGGUUCCUGUGCAUGAUUGAAGAGUGACCUUAUUCACUAUUUACUCGUGAUUUAGGAUCACAUCCUGUUCCAAUGCAAUGUUUCUGGGCGACAAGAAGAAAUAACGCAAUCCUUUCCAGCCUGUAAGAGUACGUACGUUUGAACUAGUAGUACUCAUACCCGGAUAACCGUACCGUACUGAUCACAAUGGUACGAGUACUAACUAAUAUUAUGUAUUGUGUGGAGAACUACCACACGCAACAACUACUAGGCAGCGAAGAAGACCAUCACUAGAACUCUCAAUACUCUCAAUCCGAACCACUCGCACCGAUCACCGCAGCGCAGCACACCGUCCCAAACAAGACAAAAGUCAGCGAUCGAUUGGUUUGUUGAUCCGAAAAGGAGAAGAGAUGGUCCGGGUGGCGAAGGCCGAGACGGUUGCCGGCGGCAGCGACGACGGCGACAUCGACAUCGACUUUGGGGACGACCUCCUGUCCCUCGGAAACCCCACCGCGGAGCGAGAGGCCGCCCUGGAACGCAAGCGCAAGCGGGCGGAGCGGCUGGAACGCCACGCCGCUUCCGUCACGAACGAGCGGCAGGCGGGGGAAACAGACACCGCCGCGAAGAUCGACGACGGUUCCGGGACCGGCGGCGGGGCGGGGAACCAGGAGAAACCCGAGAACAACAAAGCCAACGGGGAUGGCGGCGAGGAAAGCACCAGCGGAGAAGAGACGGAUGGGUCGGACAUGUUCGGUGGGACUUCCUCGUCCGAGGACAGCGACGGCAGCGGCACCAAGCCACGCAAAAAGAAGGCCAAACCAGCGAAAGCCGCCGACGAAGCCGCUUCUGCCAGCACGGCAAACCGACUGGACGGCUUUGACGAUUCCGAGGGGUAUUACAAGGCAUCGAUAGGGGAAACGAUGGAGGUCGAUGUCGACGUCGACGUCUCUGGCGACGAAAACGAAAACGACGGCGCGGCCUCGUCGAAAACUCUUCAGUUCCGCGUCCUCGGGGUCAUUGGGAAGGGCGUCUUUUCGUCCGUCCUCAAGUGCUCGUGCAACGCGAGCGCGAGCGCACCGUCGCUGCCCACGGAGGUCGCGAUAAAGUGCAUCCGGAGCAACGAAACCAUGGCCAAGGCGGCCCUCGACGAGACGAAAUUCCUGGUCMGGCUCAGGGGCAGCCCCGGCAUUGUCCCCCUGCUGCUGCCCGCCGCGGGAAACCACAACCAUCCCGAUCGCCACCAGCUCCCCGGGGCGGCGCUCCGGCCCAUWGAGUUCAAGGGCCACACGCUCCUGGUCUUCCCCUACCUGCCCUACAACCUGCGGGACGUCCUGCAAAAAUUCGGCAAGGGCGUGGGGCUGGCACUGGGGGCCGUCAAGAACUACUUCCGGCAGCUCCUGGAGGCGCUCGGMCACCUCGAGGACCACCGGAUCCUCCACGCCGAUCUCAAGCCGGACAACAUCCUGGUGGAGGGGGGCUUUUCGAGGGUCCUCCUGGCCGAUUUCGGGAGCGCCCUCGAAACGACCCCCGUCCACGCCGCCGAGGACGCUGCMKCGGGCACGGGUGCCGGCGUGGCCGGGACCUACGAGGUCCUCGCGCCCUACCUGGUGUCGCGGUUUUACCGGGCCCCCGAGAUCAUGCUGGGCCUUCAGCCCCUCACGCAUGCCGUCGAUCUCUGGAGCCUCGCCGUGACGAUGGGAGAACUCUUCCUGGGGGUCGUCCUCCUCAAGGGUGCCAACAACAACGACAUGCUCCAUUCGAUGAUGAAACUGCUGGUGAGCGAGAUAUUUUGGUGGUGAUGCAAAUGCCAGUGGCUGGAAGUUGGUCGUUUGUUGUUKUUUUUUUUYCUUUUUUUGGCUCCGUUGCGUUUGUUUUUCCACACCUAGCUCACUGGUUGCGCCAACAAUUGUUCCCUUCCGUGCCGCCGAUUCAUUUCCCGAUGACGACAGGGACCCUUCUCGGGCCGCAUGAUCAAGAGCCAUUUGCUGCAAACCAAAAAACAUCCCCUGCCGGCACACUUCUCACAGGUUCAAUCCAACUACGUCUUUCGGCAGGAGACCGUCGGUGAGUUUUUUUUCCUGCGCAGGGAAAGCUAGCGGCACGCGAUGCAUGAAUCCACGGGGCAUCCAGGGUUGUUGCGCCGAGAGUUGCACCGCGGUGCGCCACCCGGCAAGAAAUGUUCGUCUCGCACCCAUUCUCUGAUUUGGUGCUUCUUACGGUCCUCCCGUCUUUCUUUCUGUCUCUCUCUCUCCCUCUUCUUUGUCUAUACCAUGGCAUUUCUCGAAAAACGACACCAUGCUCAUUUCUACCUGCGUACAUGGGUUUCUUCUCGCUCUAUCGAUCUUUGAUUGUUCUAUUUUGCUGAACAUGAUCAAUUGAAUUCAUCGAAAUCCAAAAUUUCCGCGCCAUUCCAAAACCCCACCAGAUCCGGUCCUGGGACAGGCCGUUCACAAGGAGCUAUCGCUGGUCCACACCUUCAAGCCAACCCUCCAGUCCAAGCUUCUCAAGGCCAAGAGUUCCAAGGAUUCCCGAACGGAGGUUGUCCGGUUCGCUGAUCUGCUCUCGAAAUGCCUCGUGCUGGAUCCCCACAAGCGAGUGAGCAUCCAAGAGGCCCUCUCGCACGACUUUUUUUGCUCGCAAACACAAUGAACAAGACUCAAGCAUGCCAGUACCACGGAUGCGGCGGGUUCGCCUCCCUUGCAUCCUUCGUAGCAGCAGCAUGGAAAUCAUGAAACAGAGGCAGCGUUGAAACAACAAGCACUAGCAAGAAUACCAGCAGCAUCAACUACAGUAGCAACAGCGAAUGCCAUAAUAAUUUAGGAACAGGCCG